AUGCAGAUGCAGUCGCAGAUGGUCAGGCUUCGGCUGCUACACCCUCGUAUGUUCCUGUCUUCGGCUGCCGUGGCUGCUCGACAUUGGACCCCAAGCAGACGGCUACUCAGCACGCAGCAUGCCCAGUCAGCGACCAGCAGCGUCGCCGGUGAUGCCAAACCGUUCGUGCCGUUGCGAAAGCAGUUGAAGGACGAGACGAAGGCGAAACGGCUGCAGGGAAAGGGAAAGAAGAAGUCGAGAGGCGCGAGCUCGCAGGUUGAAGGAUGGGAGUUGACAGUCGGCAUUGAGGUCCACGCCCAGCUGGAUACGGACUCUAAGCUGUUUUCCAGGGCUUCUGCUGCUCAGGAGGAUGCGCCGAAUACCAACGUCGCCCUGUUCGAUCUCGCGUUCCCCGGCAGUCAACCAGUCAGUACCAGCUUAUCUACCCUGCAUUUGCUAUAUAUUGAUGCUCAGUACUUCUCGUUAAUGGAUAAUACUGGUAGAGGGGAUGGAUGGCUGAUAUUACUGCCAGAACCGUAUGCAAAGGCAGGCACACUCUGGCUGUAUCCUCACGAUGGAAUAGCCCCCGAAGACGGCGAGGCGGUGCGAGUCGGGAUCAAGCAGAUACAGAUGGAACAGGACACGGCCAAGUCGCAGGAGCUGCCCUCGCACGCAGUGUUGCUGGACUUCAACCGCGUGUCUCGCCCGCUGAUCGAGAUUAUUACGCUGCCGGAGAUACACUCACCCGCCACGGCGGCUGCCUGCGUACGGAAGAUCCAGACCAUUCUGCAGUCCUGCGGUGCAGUCAACACGGGCAUGGAAAUGGGUGGUCUACGUGCCGAUGUCAACGUAUCUGUCAGACGGACAGGAGACACAGACACAGCUGAAUUGGGCCAGCGAACGGAGAUCAAGAAUCUGAGCAGUUUCAAGGCGGUCGAGGACGCUAUCGUGGCCGAGCGAGACCGCCAGAUCGCGGUGCUGGAAGGCGGAGGGAAGAUUGACGGCGAGACCCGCGGCUGGACGAUCGGGAGCACAGAGACCAGGAGGCUACGAGAGAAAGAAGGGUCGGUGGAUUAUCGAUACAUGCCAGACCCAGACAUUGCGCCGGUAGUGGUAGGGGAGCAGCUGGUCGAGACGCUGCGGACGAGCAUGCCGCCGUCGCCGGACGAGCUGCUGCGGAUUCUGACGGAGGAGCCGCAGUACAUGCUGACGAUGGAGGAUGCAAAGCCGCUGGUCGAGCUGGACGACUGUGCCCGGCUGGAGUAUUAUCUUGAUGCCGUCGACGAGCUACACCUUCUCCAAAAUGCCGACGUCAACAACAACAGCAACAGUAGCAGCACAAGAUCCACGGCUACGGGCAAGACGGUGGGCAACUGGGUGCUGCACGAGCUCGGAGGCCUGUUCAGCCGGGCAGACGCAAGCUGGGACAGCGAGCGAGUGCCGGCCGCGAGCCUGGCGGCGAUUGUGCAUCUGGUCGGGACGAGGCAGAUCACGGGCAGCACGGCCAAAACGCUGCUGGCGACGGUCUUUGCGGGCGAGCACGGCGGGCGGACGGUGCAGCAGAUGGUCGAGCAGGACGGCCUGCUGCUGCGUCCGCUGUCGCAGGAGGAGUACCUGGCGAUGGCGCGGACGGUGAUGGCCCAGCACCCGCAGAUGGUCGAGCAGAUCCGGCAGGGCCAGCAUGGCAAGGUCGGCUUCUUCGUCGGCCAGAUCAAGCGCAUGGGCGAGCAGGGCCGGGUCGAGGCCCAGCGCGCCGAGCAGGCUGUUCUCUCUCUCCUCUGA